AUGGACCAUGACAGGGUGAACAUUAUGCACCAGUACAGGGUGAAUAGUAUGGACCAGGACAGGGUGAAAAGUAUGGACCAGGACAGGGUGAACAGUAUACACCAGGACAGGGUGAACAGUAUGGACCAGGACAGGGUGAACAGUAUAGACCAGAAAAUUGUAAAGAGUAUGGGCCAGGACAGGGUGAACAGUAUGGACCAGGACAGUGUCAACAGUGUGGAACAGGACAGGGUGAACAGUAUGGACCAGGACAGGGUGAUCAGUAUGGAGCAGGACAGGUUGAACAGUAUGGACCUGGAUAAGGUGAACAGUAUGGACCAGGACAGGGUGAGCAGUAUACGCCAAGACAGGGUGAAAAGUUUGGACCAGGACAGGGUGAACAGUAUGGACCAGGACAGGGUGAACAGUAUGGACCAGGACAGGGUGAACAGAAUAGACCAGGAGAGGGUGAACAGUAUGGGCCAGGACACGGUAAACAGUAUGGACCAGGACAGGGUGAACAGUAUGGACAAGGACAGGGUGAACAGUAUGGACCAGGAAUGGGUGAACAGUAUAGACCAGGACAGGAUGAACAGUAUGGACCAGGACAGGGUCAACAGUUUGGACCAGGACAGGGUGAACAGUAUGGACCAGGACAGGGUGAUCAGUAUGGACCAGGACAGGGUGAACAGUAUGGACCAGGACAGGGUGAACAGUAUGGACCAAGAGAAGGUGAACAGUAUAGACCAGGACAGGGUGAACUGUAUGGACCAGGAUAGGGAGAACAGUAUGGACCUGGACAGGGUGAAAGGUAUGGACCAGGACAGGGUGAACAGUAUGGACCAGAACAAAAUGAACAGUAUGGACCAGGAUAGUGUGAACAGUAUGGACCAGGACAGGAUAAACAGUAUAUUCCAGGUCAGGGUGAUCAGUAUAGAUCACGACAGGUUGAACAGUAUGGACCAGGAUAAGGUGAACAGUAUGGACCAGGACAGGGUGAACAGUAUAUGCCAGGACAGGGUGAAAAGUUUGGACCAGGACAGGGUGAACAGUAUGGACCAGGACAUGGUGAACAGUAUGGACGAGGACAGGGUGAACAGUUUACAUAAGGACAGGGUGAACAGUAUGGACCAGGAAAGGGUGUACAGUAUGGACUAG